CUACCGCAGCUAUUUAAUUUAUAUACUUAGUUUUAAGCAAGGGCACAGAUACCCUACAUAAAGAAAAAAGAGAGAAGAAAAAUGGCCACACUAUGAAAAGACAAGAAGAAAAAUGGUCACAAUAUGAAAAGACAAGAAGGUCACAUUAGUUUGAGCAGUCGAAAAAAGAGCGGGGAGAAAAGACGAAGUGAAUUAAAACGCAACCAACGCCCAAGUACCUAUGAAGAUAAGCGAUUAUGUUUUAUCCGCAAUUCUCACGUUCCUGGACUCAACAUCUUUUAUUUCGAUUCAUGGAAGCCAAUGACGCUAGAGUUCUUGGAGUUUGUAUGAAGACGGGCAGAGACUCGUGGUGCAAGCACUGAAAUAUACUGGACAUUGGAGAAGCGACGGAACCCACAAGGAGACGGUCAUCUCGCUCGUGGGUGGAUAAUAAACAUUGCAGAACACGGAGGCCAACGUGGGUGCGCACGUGGGGACGAGGACAACGUUGAGAUGGGAAAAGUGGAAAGAGAAUCCGCGCAAGGUGAAGCCUCAAAUAUGGAGGGGGCCGGGGCCGGCACAUCAAAAGAAGCCCAAUCACAUGGCGUUGUUAACGUUAUGAUGGAGAUGUGGCGCCAAAUGCAAGAAGGUCAGCGGGCCAAUGCAAAGCAAAUGCAGCAGUUCCAAAUGGAAGUUCUGCGGAUGAAUCAAAUUCAAAUGGAAAAAACUAAUAUACUUCUGCGAUCCCUUGGUAUUAGAGGAAGGACAACUGGCGAGCCAGGACCACAAUCAACCACGGCUGAGCCCUCAGUGAUAUCAGACUCAGUCUCAUCACCAAGGCAACCGGUUCCUUCUCAGGAAACGCAAAGAAAAUUUUACGAUCUACCGGAGUUUAAUGGUGCUCCCGAAGAGUGGCCAAUGUUCAACAAAGCUUUCACUAUGACCACUGCAGAGUACGGAUACAGUGACAGGCAAAAUUUGUUACGCCUCCAAAAGGCAAUAAAGGGCAAGGCUAGGGAGACCGUCGAAUGUUUGCUUAUUCACAGUUCUAACGUUUCAAAUAUUUUAGAGACCCUUAAACAAAAUUUUGGUAGACCGGAGAAACUCGUAAAAAGCCAGAUUAGUCGCGUUAGAGAAUUUCCGAGCAUUCGCGAAGGGAGAUUGGAACAAUUAGUAGAGUUAAAAAUGAAAGUACAAAACUUGGCUUCAUUCUUAGAAGCAGCUAACGCGCAUCAGCAGUUAAAAAACCCAACAUUAAUGGAGGAGUUAAUCUUAAAGUUGCCAGUGCAACAGAGACUGGAGUGGGCACACCAUUCCAAGCAACUCGGAAAUGAAAAAUCGAUCCGUCAUUUUAGUCUAUGGCUUCAGGGAUUGGCCGAAGAGGUGCAAGACACAGGAUUAGUUGACGAUCAGGCGACGUUCAAGCCAAAGAAGGAAAAGUCGAGACUAUUCCAUGCAAACGACAUCGGACUUGUAACCAUGAAGGCGUGCUCCGCCUGCAAUGGGAAACACGACUUGGAAAACUGUAACUCAUUUGCCCAGUUAGAACUUGAGAAAAAAUGGCAGCAUGUAAGGGAAAGAAAAUUAUGCUUCAAUUGCCUAAAGUACGGCCAUCGUAGUCAAAAAUGUAGACGACAUCACCAAUGUGGACUUGAUGAAUUUAUAGAUCGUUUUAGGCAUCCAGGACUCACCGUUUCUGAUAUUCGGCAAGAAACGAAUCUUCUGAUUCGACAUAUUCAACUGUGAAUGGACAUAAAGGAGAUUCGACGCAAUGGUCAAGUCAUGAAGACCAGUUUUAUUAGUUCGCUCAACCCGUUC